AAAUUUCCAGUAAACAUGAUUCUGUUGAAGAAGUCGAAACUCCAAAUAAUGAAAAUGAUUAUCCACCAAUCACUGUUUCCGCAACACAUACAAAAAUGUUGCCGCCACCACCUGAAGAAAAUACCGUCCCUUUUCGUAGUAAUUGUAAAAAAGAUUUAUCUAGAAAUCCAAAUAUUUUCCCAAACCAUUAUAAUCUGGUAUUAAUAAUUUCUUCAAGGAUUGAGGAAUUUAAUCGGAGAAAAUUACUGAGAAAAUUGUUAUUCAACAUAAAUGAUAAUUUAAUACCCUGUAUGCAUCAAGAUAAUAAGGAACAACCUUUUCAUAACAUCUAUUAUCAAUUCCUAGCAAAAAGUGAUAAUAACAUUAAAGAUUAUAAGGCAAGAAAAUUUAUAGCAGAAAAAAUGGAAUAUAAUGAUUUGACAGAAAUUACUGAUAACGGUGUUGAUGAUUGGCAGGCCCUAAUGUUAAAAUGGUCUCAAACUUUAAAUGAUGAAUUAUGUAUAUCAUACGACUUCCUGGUGAUUCAAGAUUCCUUAACUUUACCAAAUUUAAUCAAACUUCAAAAGGUCUUAUAUUCGAGAACUUCUUUGAUAGGAAACAACAAUAUAAUAGAUAAACGAAAUUUAAUUUGGGGAUCGUUUAGAACAAAUUUAACUGACAAUAUGUUCACUGUUUUAGGUUCAAAUGUUAUUCCAAAGAUUUUGGAAGUUCCUUUAAUCAGUGAAUCUACAGCUAAUUACACAAAUCUUGUUUCAAGAUUUAGUUGGAUUAUGACAGAUUUAUUAUCAGGUUUAUCAAUAGAACAAAUAAUACCAUGUAAAUCGAGAAUGAAUUUAAACAAAACCAGCACAAUUUUAAAUCGUUACAAUAAUGUUGAUUUAAACAAAAGUUAUAGACCUUCAAUAGCUAUAACAACAAGCAGCUAUUUAUAUUCAGACGAUUGUAUGAAUGUUGCAGGUAUUUUAUCUGCUGAUAAUAAACGUGUUUAUGCUAAUAAACAUGGUUAUGCAUUUGUGGCUAGAUCUACAGAAUACUGGCAACAAACAUUCCGUGUGCGUCAGAAAGUAUGGGGAAAAAUUGAUUUCGUAGAAACUAUAUUACCAUAUUAUGAAUGGGUGGUUUGGUUGGAUAUGGAUGCAAUUUUUGUUAAUCGUACAUUUUCCAUUGAACAAUUAUUUGAAAAGAUUAAAGAAAGAAUGAUUGGAGAAAAUGAUGAACGUGAUUUUAAUGAUAUAAAUUUCAUUGUGGCUAGACCGAUUGGAGAUCACAUGAUAAAUGCUGGCGUAUUUUUAAUUAGAAAUACAGAUUGGAGUUUUAGACUUUUAAGAGCCGUUCAAGGUAGAAUUGAUAGAGCCUUUUCAGGAUCGAUAGAACAAGCAGCCUUAAAAGAUACGAUAAAAGAACAUAAAUGGAGAGACCAGGUUUAUCGUAUCGAGCAAGAUGAUCAUGUUAUAAAUACUUUUCCUGAUCGUUAUUUACCAGGCGAUUUUAUUGUACAUUAUGCGCCUAUAGGUCAUUGUCCUGCUAAACAAGUUACGAAGGGAUUGAGAAAACUUAAAAAAAUUGAAACAAUUAAAGGUUAUAAUGCUGAUUUACCAUUUUAA